GCUUGUGAUCUUGUUUAUGUUGCUGUGCUGUCUUGAUGACCUUAGAUGGUCUGUAGAGAGGAAGGUGGGGAUUAGUAAUUUGAGUUUGGAAUGAAUGUUUGGCUUGAUAUACUGCACAUGCAGACAGCAAUUUUUAUUUUUAUCAAAUUUGUGGCUUAAGAGAGACGAUUAUCUUGUGUCAAUGAUUUAAGUGUUUUGGUAAGACAAGGUUUUGUGUCAGUGGGGAGACGCUAAGCGGAGAUCAAGUUGUGACAUGAGGAAAUAGGAUUUUUAUAUUUUAGUUGAGAUGUUAGACGUUGUACUUGUACGACUGCUUUCUAAUUGAUCUUGAGCAGUCAGCUUUGACAAUCUUGUGACAAAUUUGCAAGGAAUGACGUUUGAGAUACACAAAUUAAAAAUUGCAGACGAGCAAGGAAGGUGGAGAUAGGCAACAUGUCUAAAUAGGUUUGCAGUAAUUAAUUGUUUUGGUUGGUGAGUUUUGGUUUAGCAUGGAGGGGAUGGUGGAAUAAUGAUUAUAAUAAUACAUUCUUGUGUGUGCAGUUUGAGUGGACACCUUUGAUAAUAGCAGCAAGGGAGGGGUUGUACAGCAUCGUUGAUAUGUUAUUGAAGACCAAAGAUAUUAAUGUGAUGAAGAGAGAUAUUUUUGGAAGGACAGCCAUACAUCAUGCUGCACAGAAUGAUCACGUGACCAUUGUAGAGAGACUUGUGUCUUGUUCUGUCCCUGUUGAUAUCAAUGAUAAUAAUGGUUGUACACCACUGUGGCUUGCUGCCUGUUAUGGUCAUGUGUGUUGUGUUGAUGUUCUCCUAAAACAUGGAGCGAGUCCCCAACAUAAGAGUGAGUGGUAUGGAUCACCACUGGAGGUUGCCAAGCGAUGUGGUCACAGUGAUGUGGUUGAGAUGAUGGAAGAAGCCAUAAGAUCAAAGACCCCGAAGAGAGAGGAGCUCGUAGCUACAGUGAUGUUACAGAAAAGAAAGUUGGCAGAGAAAGACGUGCAAUUACAAUCACAGAGGAAAGAAGUGGCAGAGAAAGACAGGGAGAUUGCAUCUUAUAAAACACGAUUGGCAAGAAUCAGAGUCGUAGCUAAUGUUGAGAGUGAUGAGGUUGUGGAAGAUGAUGUGACAGCAGCCAGACUUCAAUCUACUGGUAGCUCGUUUGCUCAGUCAACAGAGGAUUGUCAUAGACGUGAUUCAAAUUCUCAUCAAGUUCUGCAGGCAAUUCAAGGAGUUGGCUCUACCAGAUGGUAUCCACUCGGUCGUGCUUGUGGAGAAACACCAGAUCAGAUGAACAAAUUCAUUGUUCAUGUCAACCAUUGUGAUAAAGUUCAAGCUUUAUUUGAUGUAUUGGCACAGAAAGUAGGAGAGAAACAAGCAGCAGACAAACUACUUGACGCAUGCAAGAAGAUACAAGAUCCAAUAUUUGCAGCAGUCAAAGAAGCGAUGGACAAAAUGUAAUUUGGGAAGAUGAAGAAACAAGGGAAGGACUUUUUGUAUUGCAUUUUAAUAAAAUAGUGUUGUUGUAGUUAAAUGUCCUCAAUUGUGAUUUGUUGUCAUUUUUAAUCCGAACGUAGCAGUCUAGUGAUUGUGUAGAAAAGUGAAGAUAUCAAAGGUGUUUGUAUCCUUCUGGUCAAUACUUACUUUUUGUCAAUACAUUAGGGUGUGUGUGUGUGUGUGUGUG